AUGGGAGGCCAACAAAAGAAGAUUAGUCAAAGAGCAAGGAACGAGAUAAUGGGUUUCACAGUUUCUCACAAGCCUGCAGGGCUUGACCUCAUGCAGAACUGUGAUCUUCCUCCACCUUCAAAGGUUUUUAUGGGUCCAGAUAAGACUGUAAUAUUGUCCAUGAAUAAGGUAUGUAACAUUGCAGGUAAAGAAGAAGAAGAAGAAGAAGAGCAAGAUAGCAAACACUGUGGUGCUUACGUGAUUGAAAAUGGUGAUGAUAAAAUGAAGCUUCUCAAGGCGCUGCAAGCAUCUCAAACUCGAGCAAGAGAAGCAGAAAAAAGGGCUUCAGUUCUAAGCAAAGAAAGGGAUGGUCUUUCAAUCGCUUUGUUGGAGGAGGCAAUGCAAGUGUUUGCCUAUCGCCAACAGGUGAGAUUGCUUGAGCUUCAAGUUUCGAACUUGCAAUUGAUGCAGCAACAACCAGAGGUAGCUUUAGGAUUAUCCAAAGGACAUGACCAUGGUGAAGAAACGACAAGUGUCACAUGGGUUCUGGCUUUGGUUCUUUCAUUGGGAAUUGGAGUGACCACUGCCAUUGCUUGCAGAUACUAACUCUGAU